GGGGAAGUAGCUGUCAAAUGCUCGGCUCCUUUAACCAGGGCUAUCAGUCGGGCUCGGAGAGUCAUGGCGACCACAGCGUCUAACCACUACAACCUGCUGAGCUCCAGCUCGUCCAUCGUGCAUGCGGAGCCCGGUGGCAUGCAGCAGGCUGCGGGAUACAGGGAUGCACAGACUCUGGUGCAGAGCGAUUACACAUUGCAGAGCAAUGGGCACCCUCUGAGCCACGCACACCAGUGGAUUACGGCUCUGUCUCACGGGGAUGGGGCACCCUGGUCCACUAGUCCCCUGGGCCAGCAGGACAUUAAACCCACAGUGCAGCCCAGCAGGGAGGAGUUGCACAGCGCAGGGACUUUACAGCACCAGAGCAGAGGUCCUCAUCUGGUGCACCCAGCACACGGGAACCACCACAGUGCAGGGGCAUGGAGGACCACCACCUCAGCUCAUCUGCCCAGCAUGGCUACCACCAACGGCCAGGGUCUCAUCUACUCCCAGCCGUCUUUCACAGUCAAUGGCAUGAUCAACCCAGGCUCCGGCCAAGGCAUGCACCAUCACGGGUUGAGGGAAGCCCAUGAGGACCACCACGGCGACCAUGGCAUUCAACAACAGUCCCAGCAGCAACAACAGCACUCCCAGCACCAGGGUCACCACGACCACUCAGAUGAGGAUACCCCAACUUCAGAUGACCUGGAGCAGUUUGCCAAGCAGUUUAAGCAGAGGAGAAUCAAACUAGGAUUUACCCAAGCUGACGUUGGACUGGCCCUGGGCACUCUGUAUGGCAAUGUCUUCUCCCAGACCACCAUCUGCAGGUUCGAGGCCCUGCAGCUGAGCUUUAAGAACAUGUGCAAGCUCAAGCCUUUGUUGAACAAGUGGCUGGAAGAGGCGGACUCGUCCUCUGGAAGUCCUACCAGUAUAGACAAGAUAGCAGCUCAGGGCAGGAAAAGGAAAAAGAGGACCUCCAUUGAGGUCAGCGUCAAGGGGGCCCUGGAAAGUCAUUUCCUCAAGUGUCCCAAGCCAUCUGCCCAGGAGAUCACAUCCCUUGCGGACAGUCUACAGCUAGAAAAGGAGGUGGUCAGAGUUUGGUUUUGUAACAGGAGACAGAAAGAGAAAAGGAUGACUCCACCAGGAGGGACUAUUCCAGGGGCAGAGGAUGUAUAUGGGGCUAGCAGAGACACACCGCCACACCUUGGGGUGCAGACUCCGGUCCAGUGAAGCCUCGAUCACCCAACAUUUAGAACUUUUCAUUGUCCUUUUUAUACUAGGAGAGAACAAAGCAGCUCACUGGACUAUCAUACUUGGUAGCAGGUGUAGUGAUGUGUUAUGACCUUUACAGGAGACUACCCAGGCAAUGGAGUAGAGUGAGUAUACACCACAUACAUGGCAGGGGCUUAUGUAGAGUAAAGGAAGCCACCCAAGUCUACACCAUGAACAAUGGUGACACCAAGAGUUAUGAUGAUGAUGAUGAUGAGUCUACUGUGUGUAUCUAAUGUGGAGCCCUAAGUUACCAUGUGGACUUUCUGUAUAAAGUCUGAGAUAAUUGCACUGUAAGGAAAUGAUUGAAGUUUACAUGAACCAUUCAAUGAAGAUUAUUCCUCCAGAACCCAUAGACUGGCGGUGGAUAUAGACAGGCAGCAAUUGUAGGGUUAAUGGCACCAUGUUACACAG